AUGUCUUCUGCCGUCGACAACCUCGCCGAAAACCUCAAGAACGCCAGCAUUGAGGAUACCUCUGCGGCCAACAACGAGGCUGUUCUGGCUUCUGCUGCCGAAGGUCGUCGAUUGUACAUCGGGAAUCUCGCUUAUGCGACAACUGAGGCGGAACUCAAGCAAUUCUUUGCUGGCUACGACGUCGAGUCAACAUCCAUCCCUGUCAACCCUCGCACAAACCGUCCUGUCGGCUAUGCCUUUGUCGAUCUAAAGACUGCUGAAGAGGCGGAGAAGGCGAUCGAAAACCUCUCCGGCAAGGACAUCCUAGAGCGCAAGGUCUCUGUCCAGCUUGCUCGCAAACCAGACCAGACCAGCGGCGAAGGUGCCACCUCCGGCGCCGAGGGUGGCGAGCGCAAGAGAUCUGCAGGCCGUGGACGUGGAGGUCGUGGUCGUGGCCGCGGUGGUCGUGCUCCUCGAAGCGCAAGAUCCACUGAAAAUGCUGGCGCCGAAGCGACUGACCUUGCCGAGAACCCACUCCCAUUGACCGACGUCACCGCUGAUGCCAACAAAGGUGAAUCUACCGACCCCAAGCAAACCCGUGCUCCUCGCCCACCCAAGCAACGCGGCCCACCAGAGGACGGCAUUCCAUCCACCACCAAGGUCAUGGUUGCCAACCUGCCAUACGAUCUUAGCGAAGAAAAGCUCAAGGAAUUGUUCGCCGCCUAUGAACCUAGCUCCGCCAAGAUCGCUCUCCGUCCUAUCCCUCGCUUCAUGGUCAAGAAGCUCCAAGCUCGUGGCGAACCUCGCAAGGGUCGUGGCUUCGGCUUCGUCACCCUCGCCUCGGAGGAGAUGCAGAAGAAGGCAGUUGACGAGAUGAACGGCAAGCAGAUUGAAGGCCGCGAGAUCGCCGUCAAGGUUGCCAUUGACAGUCCCGGAAAGGAAGACGGCGCCGAGAUCACUGGUGAGAACGGCACCAACGGAACUACCGAAGAGGUUGCUGCUGCCUAA